CUCAAAAUGAAAUAAUUAAAUGACAGGAAUGACUGAAUCAAUCCAGAAAUGAUUCUGAUUAUGAAUUUCACCUAUAAUACACUCCUCCUCUUCAUAUUCCUAUUAUUACCAGAAGAAUUGAAAAAUACUGAAGCACAUAUAUUGAAGAUUUUAGAACCUUUGAACCGAGCUUCCGAUUGUAAAAUAUAUGGUUUUAAAAUAAAAAAUUGUGAUCUACAAGUCUCCCGUUUUAGUAAUCAGAAAAUAGAAGGAGUAUAUGAAAAAACAUGCAAUUUGAAAGAUUUAAGAUUCAACUUCAAUUUUGGAAAAGAUGGAUUAUACUCAUUCUCGAUGGACACUCCUGAGCCUUCGGUAACUAUAUCCGAGAUGAAGAAGAAGCUCGAAAGCGCGAAAAAGAUUUUCUCGCCAGGGGCGCACUUCAUUUAUUUCACCAUGAGCGCCAAGAGCCUGAAAAACGAGGAUUUCAGUGGCUCAAGCGAUAAGUGCAAAUUCUUCAUCGUGCAUGAGAAUGCAACAGCCAAUCUUGGACGAAUGAACAAAAUUGUUAGGAGUGGUUCCAGGGUGGUUGUCGAUGGUACAAGAAGUAUGAAUAAUGAUUUGGAAAUACGCCAUGAACAGUUGGAAUAUAGAUGGAGCUGUACUGAUACUGCUGAUUACUGUGACAGCUACGAACUAGGAACAAGAAGUAGAAUUGUUAUACCUGCUGAAAAUGUGGUCAAUGGUGCACGCUUCAAUAUUACCCUAGAGGUAAGAUCGCCGCCAACUUCAUGGCAGAAAGCUGUUCAGUUCAUAACAGUUGACGAUUCCAGGCCUUAUAGUGUUGAUUGCGUCAGAUACUGUGGGAAAUAUCCGAAUACUUGGUCUCCGAAUGACCAACCCGUUCUCAAGGCAUCAUGUCAAUUUUCCUGCAACAAAUAUCAUCCCAAUGAGCUACAUGGCACUAUACAAGACGACAAAGGCAACAUUAUUAUCAGAUUCGACAACUUCAAAGACCCCUACUCCUUGAAGUUACCAAUGCAGGAAGACAUGCAUUACACUGUUAAAGUCGUUUAUGGUGAUUACAGUUUGAAUAACGUCUUGGGAUAUACAACAUUUUAUGAACUCAAAUCCCCGAGGCUUGACAAUUGCAAGACUAUACCACCAAAAGGUACACCCCUUACGAAAUUCAAGGUUGAAUGUGAUUAUGACAAAGAAAGCUUGAAGAACUUCGAGGUUCAGGUUAGCAGUGGUGAUACUGUUGUGUUCUCAACAAGUUCACCAACGCUAGAAGGUAUAGAAUUCUUGGUUUCUAGUAAAGAAGCUACAGUAACUGUCAAAUUGAUAGAUACUCAUGAUAUUUUCACUGAAAAAAAAGUCCCUGUUUAUAUAGAAUCGUUGGUGAAGGACAAGAAAAACAUAACCUCGUUGACUGAACACUUGAAUGACAUUUAUGAAGGAAAAUUGGAAGGUACAGAUUCGGUGCAGGACCUAAUCAAAAAAGGCGAUGAUAAAAGAGCUGUCCAGUUGAUUGAUGUCGUUGCGACAGAAAUUAGUAAAAUCAACGCGACAACCGAAGAGGAGAAGAAGAUUGUUAAAGACGCCAAAAGAAGGUUGCUGGAUGAUUUGGGAAAAAUAGACAUCAAAGAUAUCGGUUUGUCGAAAUCGGUAAGUGGAGUUUUGAAACGACUCGCUACCAAUCAAGUUAACAAUGUAUCGGAUUCGGAUAUAGCCAGAUCGAUUACAGCAUCAUGCAGAACGGUUGCAAAGCAGCAACUAUACCUUUCACAGAACGAUCGGAACACAGCUAUUAGUGAGAGUGAGAUUAUAGAUCUAACGAGUAAUCUUAUGAGCUGCGGUGAGGGUGAGAUGUUUCCGUAUUACGAAAUGUUCAACGAAACUGCCAUAGACAUAGAAAUAACAACUAGGUUUCCAAUAAAUGAUAAUUUGUCGGAGAAGAAUUUUGAGGAUUAUCCCCAAUAUGUAGCCGAUGAUUUGAUAGAAGUCAAACAGAACGAUUUUUUGACAUCCGCUCAGCAUAUGGUUGAUAUUUGUCGUGAUAUGGCAAGUUCUCUGAUGUUUUCAUUCCCCUCGGUGAUGCGGCAGCCAGUCUAUGUCAUCAGAGAAAUGAGCGUUGUUGCAGUGAUGAGAUCGACUGGUUCAAUAUUGGCAAACACUACAUUUACUCAACAUAAUGUUACUGUCAAGGCGACUCCGUUCUUUGCAAAAUUUCAUUCUACUCUAUCGAUGCGGAUAUGCAGUUACCAGAGAGAUCCUUUCUGGUCAGCAUCCGAAAAGUACAGGGUACCAACCAACGUGAUCGAUCUGAGUGUCAGAGAUGAAACAGACGAUAAGAAUUUAAACAAGUUCCAAGGUCAUCCGAUGAAUGUCUCCUUCAAAGUAUUCGAACAUUUGGUGAAAAAGAAAUUGUCCAAGGGUACCAUCAAGCUACUGAACGAAUCCUCAAUAUACAAAGAAGACGAUUUUAGUAUUUUUAUGAUCAAGGCGAAAUCUGAAGAAUCGUUCUUCAUUGAAUUUCAAAAUAUCAGAGGUCGCGAUAGCUUUGAUAUUAAAGUUGUGGACAUGGAAAGACCAAAACUGAAGCAUUUUUCUGAGGGAGUGACGAUGGAUCAGACCCAUACAAAAUUUUUCAUUCAUCAUUCUGAAAAAAGAGACAAAUGGUUUAUGCUCGCCAUCAAGCCCAGUAAAAAUAUGAUUUUAAAUCAAGAUAUCGAUUUAACUUUCUCGGUCUAUACCCCAAUGUGUAUUUCCUGGGAUUCGGAUAGGAGAUCUUGGAAAUUUGCGUGUUCAGUAUAUUUUACCACCACGCCAGAAAUGAUCAAUUGUCGCUGUAUGCACUUGUCUACUCUUGCCGGAGCCUUCGAUUAUAACGAAUUGAAAGUUCACCCGAAAUUUACGCAUCUAGAAUUUGAACUUGAAGAAGCACAAAGUUUUUAUGUCAUCAUUGGAGUCUGCCUUCUGGUCGGAGCUUACUUUUUCUUACUCGUUUACUCUAUACAGAAGAAUGAGGUUCUCGAAGAUGCUGUAUAUCUGAUGGCAGAUGUGCCUGCGGAGAAUCGUUUUGCCUAUUUGGUUGUUGUUGGUACAGGGGCAAGACUUGAUGCAGGAACCUCAUCGGAAAUAGUGAUAAAAUUGUAUGGGGCAGAGGCUCAAUCGCAGGAACACGUAAUCAAUUUUCCUGACCCUUUGAUGGAAUUUCUUCAACGUUCUCAAAAUGACUACUUCGUUUUAGCUUCUCCAGUUCACCUAGGAAAAAUACAGAAAAUUCAUCUUUGGUUCGAUUGUACCGGGAUCUCACCAACAUGGUUUUGCACUAAUGUCCGAAUAUGCGAUAUGCAAACAAAGGAGUGGUACGCUUUCAAAAUCCAAAAAUGGUUCAAAAUCGAAGGAAAACCAAGGGUCUUCAUAAGUUGUCCUGCCUCCACCGAUAAAGAAGAUCUAAAGUCUAGGAAAAAACGAAGUAGAUUGCUGAAGAGUAUCCUCAGUUUUGGUAGAUUCGACAAGACGAUAUGGCAUUUGUCGACAAGUACGACCAACCCAAGUUUUGGUUACCCUAAGCGACUGACUCUGAUUUUAUCUGUCAUAAUAACUUUGAUGAUGGUAAGCAUGGAAUUGUAUGGCAGACCUGAGUUCUUACCGAGGGAUACAAUCACGCCAAAAUGUUAUUUCGAGAUGCGUAUGGAGAUCGUAUAUAAGGGCUUGAUCAGUGCUUUGGUUACAUUCUUUCCGCACCUUAUCAUCAUGGAAGGAUUCAAGAAUUCAAGGCUGCAAUUUCAAAGCAAGAACUCAAGAGACGCUAAACCACUUCCACCGGCUUUCACGAUAGUUUUCUGGGUUGUGGUGGUUGUGAACAUCAUCAUACAGAUUCACGUACUGCUAAUAUAUGGGUACAAAGUUGUAACACCAGUAACUUGGGAAUGGUUGAUGUCGGCAUCGAUAGGAUUCGUAUUUUACGUCUUCAUCCUGGACUAUCUGUACAAUUUAUUUCUGAUUAUUGUCAGUGGACCUUACAAACCUGUGAGAAUCAACUUUGACAAAUUGUUACGUAAUAUUGAGGAACAGAGGAAGACGCUGUACAAGUUCAUCGGGCACUAUAUUUACAGACCUCUCUUGACACCUGUUUAUGCGAUCAUAUCCAGGGCUGAGUAUUUGAGAAAAAGAAUCCAAUUCAGACAAAAACGUGAGAUGGUCUGGCAAGUGCAUGAUUUCUUCAUGGUAAUAAUUUUCAUAUUACUGCUGUAUGUCAUAGUUUUGGGAGAGAAGGAUUCAGUAUACGAUUAUAGAGGUCAUAAGCAAGUUAUGAAGUUGAUAAAUGGAUUCAGGAGCAGUAAACAUAAGCUUGGUGAAGUCAAUCAUAUUAGAGAUUUCGAAAAGUUUUUGGAAGAAGGCCUCAUCCCAGCCAUUCAGUCAUACCAAUGGUAUGGAAGAUACUGUUCGGAUAGUCCUGGCACUACCACAGACGCCUGCAACAAGUACCUUGGUGUCAUUCGUCUGAGACAGCACAGAGUAGAAGAGGACUCUUGCAAAGUAACAAAGAAAAUGAAGUUCCUCAACGCGACUUGUAGGGCCCCUGAUUAUUUUUUCCGUUAUGAUUUCCUCAACUAUACGCCAGCGUGGAAUAACACCAUACCAGAAGCUCACAGGUCGAGGCUUGGUUACGUUUGGGGUUUUCAGAGUGGAAUUGGAACAAUGUUCAUUGGUCUCGCUGGAUUUUAUGGUAGUGGAGGCUACGUCGCUGACCUUGGAAGAACAAUAGAAAACUCCUAUGUGAAUUUCAACUAUUUGAAACGAUACAAUUGGUUAGAUCCUCUCACAAGGGCUAUCGUCAUAGAAUUCUGUCUUUAUAACGUGAACAAAAACCUGUUUCACUUCGUCGAAGUUGUUUUUGAGAAAACACCAGCUGGAUACAUAAAUAAGGAUCUUAGAGUUAAAACAGAGAGAGUAGUGAAACAUAGCUCCAGCAGCCAAUUGAUCGCUAUAUUCUUCAGCUUCAUAUUUAUGGGUUUAGUUAUGGGCCUGGCCAUACGCACAGCCAUCAGAAUAAUAAAAACAAGCGUUUGGUACAGGAGAGACCUGUGGCAUUUAGUGGAUGUAUUGAUAGUCACUUUGAGCGUGACUUGGAUCAUAAUGUACUUCAAAAGAAUCAAUAUUCUGCGAGAUUUCGUGAAACACCUCGAGGAAAACCCUAACAACGCUUUCGUCGACUAUUUCCCGAUUCUGAGCAUAGAAUCCUCGAUGAGAAAUUUGGCUGCAGCCUUGAUAUGCAUUUCCACGUUGAGAAUGUGGCGAAUACUUAGAUUUGGAGCCAUUUUUAGAACGGUUGAAAGAACACUGUUGUAUUCUGCCAAUUCCCUCUGCAUCAUGAUGUUAUAUUACGCCAUUUGCCUCAUCGCCUUCGGUGAAUAUGUGUUCGUAGUGUUAGGCUCUAAAGUAGGGCAGUUCAGAGAUGAAUAUCAUGUACUCAAGUCUUUAAUUUGUAUGACUAUUGGUUUCGAGAAGGCCAAACCUAAAGAUGUUAGUCUGAAUGAAAGAGGAUUAGGCUAUGCCUUCUCAGUUGUAUUUUCCCUUUUUUCCACGUUUUCUAGAACGGUUUUCGUAGCGAUCAUCAUGGUUGAUUAUGCAAAAGCACGACAAUUUGCCUUCGAAGAAAAGAUAGAUUACAACCUGAAAGACUACGUGAUAGAGAGAUACGGUGUUUUCAAACGAGUAUGUCGAUUGAUGGCUCGAAAAUUCAGACUUACAGCAGGUGGAACAGGCGAAGGUGAAGAUGAUAUAGUAACGCCUAAAAAAGACAUCCAGAGGUAUAAGAACUGUGUGCAAACUGAUUCAAAUAAAAUGAAAGCUAUGGCUAGCAUUGCCAAGUGCGUGCUUCUGAAGGCACAAAAAGGUUUGAGAAUUGACGAGUCAGAUCAUGAAUUGAUGAUGAGAACCAUUAGAAAUAUGUAUAAUAGAGAAGAUAGUGAGAAGGUGAUAUUCUUCAAGGAAGGCACCAAAGGUACUGCUCACAACAUGGUAGACGAUAGGAAAAUUUUGAUGAUAGAGAAAGUUGUUAAGCGAAUGUUGGAGACUCCAGAAGGUAAAGCUAAGAGAAUGGAGCUGAGGAAUACUGUUGAAGCGUUGAGCGAAGAUAAUGUAGCCAAAAUGCAGCAAAUCAAUGUGCGUCUGAAAUCGUUGCAGAGACUUGUUAAUAAUAUUGCAAUUAAUCUUCCACCGGAUCCAAAUGCAAAUAAUGUUGAUUGAUUUAAGAAUAAAUGAUAAGUUUUUAAGCAA